UUCUGCUAGGUACAAGUGCCACGCACCCUGCACGAGCAGCCCUCACUGCCACCUCUGCCAGGACCUCCUGCUGAGAGCCAGCCUCUCAUCCAGGCUCAGCAGCAGAGCCUCCAGCCCCUGCCUUCCAGAAUCCCGGGCUGCCAGACGGGGGCGCCGGCUCUGACCUCUGCUCCAUCGACUGGACGCGGGGCCCGCUCCUGUCCUGUUUUCAUGCCUUCUCUAGCUCUGGGCUUUGCCCUUCCUCCGGGCUUGCCGGUUCCUCAGAAGAUGCCUGCUCCAGGGCUAAGCCGUUCAGUAGAUCCCUCUUUUCCUCCUCUCCUAACUGUCAGUCCCGAGGCCAGGGUUAGCCUGCUGUACAGCGUGGACUCCUGUCUGCAGCUGGCAGCCAGGCAGAACAUCAACCUCAUCCUGCAGCACUACAAUUACACGGGGAAGCUGGGCAGCCGGCGGCCCCAGGAGGACAGGAUGGGCCUCCUCAAGGUGGCCUUCAUCACCAUUAGCUGCCUCAUCGUGGUGGAGAACUUGCUGGUGCUGAUGGCCAUCGUGAGGGGCCUGCAUGUCCGCCGGUGGGUCUACUCCUGCAUUGCUAGCAUCACGGUGAGCGACCUGCUGGCUGGAGUGGCCUAUAUCUGCAACAUCUGCCUGUCGGGCAGCAGAACCUUCCAGCUGACGCCUGAGCUGUGGUUCCUCCGGGAGGGCGUCCUCUUCAUCGCCCUGGCCGCCUCCACCUUCAGCCUGCUGGUGACGGCCAUCGAGCGCUACAGCACCAUGGUGAGACCCAUUGCCGAGAACGAGGCCAGUAAGACCAUACGCCUGCGUAGUCUCAUCGUGUCCUGCUGGGCCUUGGCCAUCCUCAUUGGGAUGCUGCCUUUGCUGGGCUGGAACUGCCUGUGUGACUUCCGCAGCUGCUCCACCCUGCUGCCCCUCUACUCCAAGAACUACAUCCUCUUCUGCGUGGUCAUGUUCAGUAUGAUCCUUCUGGGCAUCAUCGGCCUCUACGCCUCCAUCUACCACCUGGUCCGGGCCAGCUCCCAGCAGGUCAUCACCCGCCACAGCCGCAAGAGGUCCCUGCGGCUGCUCAAGACCGUCCUGAUGAUCCUGGGGGCCUUCAUUCUCUGCUGGAGCCCGCUCUUCGCCUUGCUGCUCCUCGACGUCUUCUGCGAGUCCCAGACCUGCAAGCUCCUGAAGGGCAUGGACUGGGCCCUGGCCCUGGCCUUGCUCAACUCAGCCAUCAACCCCCUCAUCUACUCCUUCCGCAGCCUGGAGGUGCGCCGGGCCGUGCUGUGCUUCGUCUGCUGCUGCUGCAUCCGCCUCGGGCUCCGUGGGCCCGGGGACUGCUUGCUCAUGGCCGAUAUCAACUCGGGAUCCUCGACUGAGAGCUCCCUGCGGGCUCGCGAGAGCUUCCACCGCUCCAUGGUGCUCAAACCCCAGACCCGGUCUAGGGAACCUCUCUCCAGCAACUCCAGCAUGGUGAGCAACCUUACCAGUAACUGAGGGGACAGCGGCAGGCUCCAGGAGGGGGCCUGCCCCUGGGGACGUGCCCUCUUGGCCAGGACUGGGUGUCAGGAAUAAGGCCCGGCAGCUGCUCCUGCUCAGGUUCCUCAUGGGAACAGCUGGGCUGCAUGACCGCCCCACCUGACUGGCUGAAGCAGCUGGCAGGCUUGCUCUUAAGCCCAGAAGCAGCAGCAGAAAUUAUGCUGGCUGCUCAAAGCAUUUGCAACGGCUUCUGACCUGCCGCCCUCACUCCAGAUAAUCUGGUUCUGACCCUCGCCUCUGAUUCCCGACUUCUGACUCUGGUUCCGAUCCUGGGCUCUGACUCCAGCUGUGAUCCUUGGUUCUGCCCUCUGGCCUCUGACUUCAGCUGAUCUAACCACUAGACAUGGCUGCCCAUAUCCUGGUCCCUGACACUGGGCACCUGCUUUCAGAAGGGGUGGGGGGGGCAUAAAUGAGACGACUGCAGAGAACUAGAUGUCGGUGGAUCCGGUGCCGGAAGGAGUAUGACACCCCUAAGACUUGGGCUCCGCACAGCCUAAGGCUGUCAGCAAGAACCGGCUGAGCUAUAGUUUCAGUGUGUCUGGACUGUGCAUGUAAUUAUGGGCUGGACACUGCGUCUAGGUGUAGGCUGUGUCCACAGUUAUGGGGUGGGCACUGCUCCGGGCUCUGGUGCACCCAGGGCUGAGGGCAGCUUGCUCGCUCACAGAUUAUGGCGAGCAGUGACUCUCCCUCCCUGUGAUGCAGCUGAUGAAUUGGGGAGCGAAGCCAUCCAGCGAUUUCCCAUCUGUCUCGCCAGGCCGAUGCAGCCCUGCAGUGAGAACCCGGCCGCCUGGCAGGGCGCUUGAAUGAAAUGGAUCAGCCGUGUAGGUGCAGCCCUCAGAUUCAUGGCAAGCAGCCAGUGAAUCUGCGAGUGUGAUGGGGUUAACCACCCCUGGCGGGGGCAUAGCUGCAGCUGCUGGCCUGAUUCCACGCCUGUGGGCCUGGGGCUGUGCCAGGGCAUACGGUGCAUGUGUCACAGUCUUGGCAGCAGUGACUUACAGGCCUGCAGCGCCUCUGUCCCACGGCGUAUGGUGCAUCUGCAAUUAGGGGCCAGACAGUGUUCCAGGCUGGAUGGGCUGCCCACCACGCUGGAUGGGAGACCAGGGACAGCCCUGGCACCGAUACGGGGGGUGGGUGCAGCUGUCACUUGAAAGGUCCAGCUCGGGGCGUGCCCCUUUAGCGAGGUCGGGCGCUCUUCCAGCACACCUGCCAGCCUGGCACCCGCUCAGCUAUACCCAGCUAUACUCAGCUAGGCAAAGGACUAGCCCUGGUCACAGCAGAGGAGCUGGCUCCGGGUGCUGAACUGCGGAUGUGUGAGCUGCAACGGACGAGCAGGGCACUUACUCCCCGGGAGUUCCGUGGGCUUUGGGUUGGGCCCUUAGGGACGUGGCUCCAUUUCCCCUUCCUCUCCAACCUGGAAUGGAAAUGACAGCGAGUGCCACGCUGCGUCUUUCCAGGAACCUUUUGCAAACAGGGUUUUGCAACAGGCAACUUACAAGACUCGGUGCAAUGGCCUGGAGCAGAGUUCGCCGCACCAUUGCACCAAGGGACCGUGUGUGUGUGUGUGUGUGUGUGUGUGUGAGAAUCUGUGCCCCAAACGUUGCGAUACAUUGUGUAGGGCGAAAGAGAGAGGCAUUUAUGGGCCCAAUCCUGAGGACUUUACUCAACCCUCUGCCUCCCCUGAAGUCAAUGGGAAUUUGCCUGAAAGAAGCAGUACAAGAUUUGCUCAGGUAAUGAAGGCCAGUCCCCAACCUACAGAGGGGAAACUGAGGCUCCAGGGCAGGGGUGGGCAAACUACGGCCCGCAUGCCGGAUCCGGCCCACCAGCCAUUUUAAGCCAGCUCUUGAGCUCCCGCUGGGGAGCGAGAUCUGGGGCUUGUUCUGCUCUGGUGCUCCAGUUGGGGAGCAAGGUCGGAGGCUGCUCCACGCAGCUCCUGGAAGCCUCAACAUGGCCCCCCUCCGGCGCUUCAAUGAGAGCUGCAGGGCAGCGCCUACGGAUGGGGCAGCGCGCAGAGUUGCCUGGCCGCGCCUCCAUGUAGGAGCCAGAGGGGGGACAUGCCGCUGCUUCCGGGAGCCGCUUGAGAUAAGCCCUGCCUGGAGCCAGCACCCCUGAGCCCCUCCCCAUGCCCCAAACCUCUGCCCCAGCCCUGAUCCCCCUCCUGCCCUCUGAACCCCUCGGUCCCAGCCUAGAGCACCCUUCUGCACCCCCAACCCCCUCAUUCCCAGCCCCACGCCAGGGUCCGCACCCCCAGCUGGAGCCCUCACCCCGCCCCUGCACGCCACUCCCCCGCCCCAGCCCGGAGCCCCCUCCCACACUCUGGCUGCUUGCAGUGGGGGUCCAUCAUGCCAAGCGGACAUGCUGAAGGACACCACAGGGGGUGUUUCCCCCCUGUUGGCAGCUGAGCAUGGUGGUGUCGGUGGUGCUGAUGGGGGAGAGGGUUCUGGGGUAGGAAAGCAAGUCUCUGGUGUGGUACUAGUGGGCAGAGAGCUCUGUUCUGCAUUGCUCCAGCAAAGCAAGGUGGGACUGUGCCUUCUUGUAGCUACUAUGAGAAGCAAUGUGCGGAGGGUGGGGGGGAUGCAUUUCUUCGGGGGAGACCUGUCUUUCUUACUUUCCAUUCCCUGUUGCAAAUGAAAGAGGAACCAGCUAACCUUGUUCGACCGUAGAGGCUGAGAGCAUCCCCACUGCCAAAGAAGGACAAGUUCCUGCAGCAUGAAAAGCAGGGUCUCCUCCUUGCGUGUGACUUGAUACACUGCUCUGAGGGCUGCUCUCAAGAGACUCCAGCUGGCCUGAGCAGCCUCUAACGAAAGAGGGGCAGGGGUUUUGUAAGUCCACUUCUUCUGCAAUAAACUUUUUUACA